UAUUUUUUUCUUUUUUAUUUCUUAUUAAUAUCAAAAUUAUAUAGCCACGAUUAUUAAAUUACCAGAUAAACAUUUAAAUGGCCCUAAUAUUGUAACAGUCACAUAAUAUAUUUUAUUAAUUACAUUAGCCAGUGAUAUUUUAAUAGGCUCCAGCUUAUUGAUAGUAUAUAUUUUCUUUAAAUAAAGAUAUUUAUUUCAGCAUAAACUGUUUCUUUUAAAUAAUUGGUGUAAAUCAAGAAAAUACAAUGCAAUUUAUACAAAUAUUUUCAUAUAUUUUUUUUCGAUGUUUGAGUUUUUCCGAUGAUAUCCUUGAGAACAUAAGCCUACUAAAUUAUCUAAAGGCAUGCCAAAUAAGAUAGGAUAGAGAAAACAUCAAUACGUUAGAAGUAAACUAUUAACUUUCUUUUAUAAUAAUAGGUUAUCAAUUAGGAAUUACACUUUUAGGCAUUAAAUAUUGUUAAAAUAUAAAAUAAUAGUAUUCAUUGUAAUAUUAUAAUAGAUAACUAUUUUUAUUAUUAAAUCUUUAAAUUAAUAGAAUCAUUCAUAUUUUAACUUGCUAAUAAACCUUAAAUUGAAAUUAACUUCACUAUGAACAGGUCCUAGAUCACCGAUAAAAUAAUACUUAUAAGCCGCCAUAUGCGAAAUAAUUUUUUUUAUUAUAUUUUAAAUUAUACAUAUAUAUUAAAAUCAGAAAUCUUUCCUUGAACUUUUAUAUUUAAGGAGUGUUAAAUUAUUUAAACUAUUUUAAUUGUCGGUUUCAAAACUCAUAUUUAUUCUGAUUUUGAGA